UUGCGAGCAUUAACGAGUGUCAGACUGAUCCGUCACAGAGCGCUGCGUCCUGGGCACUAACACACCCUCAUCAUCACCCUCCUCCUCCCCUCCUCCUCCUCCUCAUCCGCGCUGCUCCCGAUCUUCUCCGCGCACAACAGAUGGUCCAGUAGGAGCGACCGCAGGCGCGCGACAAUUCCACUCUGAAGUUCUCCAACAGAACUUCACCGGAACGCACCGCAGAAUUGGAGCGGGGGGCACCGAGACCACCACAUCCCACUGACUUGGAUCUACGUUCGGAGGCGCAAUUUGGUUUCAAGGUCAGGAGCAAACAUGCCGUUUGGCUGUUUAACAAUCGGAGAGAAGAAGGAUUAUCAUAAUCCUUCGGACGUGACGGACAAAUAUGACAUGGGUCAGCUGGUUAAAUCGGAAGAAUUCUGCGAGAUAUUCAGGGCCAAGGACAAAACCACCAUGAAAAUGUACACGUGUAAAAAGUUCCUGAAGAAGGACGGAAGGAAAGUCCGCAAGGCGGCCAAAAAUGAAAUCCUCAUCUUGAAGAUGGUGAAGCACCCCAAUAUUCUCCAACUGGUGGAUGUCUUUGAGACCAAGAAAGAGUACUUCCUCUUCCUGGAGCUUGCCACGGGCCGAGAGGUGUUUGACUGGAUUCUGGAUCAGGGCUACUACUCAGAGCGAGACACCAGCAAUGUGGUUCGCCAGGUGUUGGAGGCAGUGGCCUAUCUUCACUCCCUGAACAUUGUUCACAGAAACCUCAAGCUGGAGAACCUGGUGUAUUACAAUCGCCUGAAGCACUCCAAAAUAGUCAUCAGCGACUUCCAUCUUGCCAAGCUGGAGAACGGACUCAUCAAAGACCCCUGCGGGACGCCGGAGUAUCUGGCUCCAGAAGUGGUUGGCAGACAGCGAUAUGGACGGCCGGUGGACUGCUGGGCGACAGGAGUCAUCAUGUACAUACUGCUGUCUGGCAAUCCCCCCUUUUACGAUGAGACGGAUGAUGACGAUUACGAAAACCAUGACAAAAAUCUCUUCCGCAAGAUCCUGGCUGGCGACUAUGAGUUUGAUUCCCCAUACUGGGACGACAUCUCAGACUCAGCAAAGAGUCUGGUGACGCGUUUGAUGGAGGUGGAUCAGGACCAGAGACUGACAGCGCAGGAGGCUAUAAACCACGAGUGGAUCUCUGGUGGUGCGGCUUCAGACAAGAACAUCAAGGAAAAUGUGUGCGCACAAAUCGAGAAGAACUUUGCCAGAGCUAAAUGGAAGAAAGCCGUUCGUGUCACCACCAUCAUGAAGAGACUCCGAGCCCCUGAGCAAAGCGAGUCGAGAGCAGCCAGUCCAGCAGCCGGCGCCCCUGGAGACCCUGCUGCUCCCCAGGCUGCAGCGGACCCCUGUGUGCCUACCCCUGCCGGAGAAACACCACACCAGCCCACACCGGAGGCUGCACCAGCUUCAGUGGCGGAGCCGCAGCAGCCCAGCCCGGCACAGCAGGAAGCCGAGCCGCCAUCACGCUGCAACGGUGACACCUCCGCCCUUCAUGCGGACCCGAAUGCCGGGAAUGAACAGGGUUAGAUCCCAACACUGCUGUGACGACAUCAGUCCCCCGCAUAUUCCUGCACACUGUACAUUAGCUGCUAGCAUGGUGACACUGACUCUGCUUCUCUCUAACUCGCAGCUUUAGUAUUACUCCACGGAGGCUGUGCGCUACCUUUCCUGCGUGAUGCGUUGCUUUCUUUUACACAUUUUUUAUCCACAGCUGAAAACACACUUGUAUUUGGGGCUUUGUGGGACCUGUUUUGGAUUUAUUAUUUCAUAUUAGAGGAAGAAUUCAAACAGUGGCUCAUGAUGUUUCUUAAAACCCGGCCUCCUUUGUUGACGAUCAUGUAAGAAAUAUUGUACUGCUGCUACAGCAGUAAACACAGACUAACACUGCUGAACGCUACACAACUGCAAAAAGAAAAAAAAACUACGUGGUGUUCUACUUGCCCACAUUUUUGAGGCAUGACAAGAGAGCAGAGAUGGCCAAUUCAAUUUCUAAAGGGGUCACAUGUGAGGGGCAGUCAAACCGUGGGACAGAAGAAAAAAAAAAGUAACUGAAAACUACUUCCUAAACACUAGGGUUUUUUUUAAGUCAGAAAUCGUGUAAUUACAAUAUGAAAUUAUAUCCUUAAAAUAUGUUUUUUUAUCCAUAAUAUAUUGUGAUUUUUAUGCAUUUUCUUUAAAGAUUCUCAAAAUAAAUCAUGAAUAUUGGAAUUGAUAUGUAUCUUGGGAACAGUGCGCUCGGUAACACUAUUAAGUUUUCCUCACAAAAUAUUUUUAAUUUUAAAAAAUUCAAAAGAAGACACAAACAAAAUAAAGGCCUUAAAAGGCUUAAAGUUUUACUUAGAAAUAGUGAUGAACGUUGGGUGAAAAAAAAGUUUUUCUUCGUGUUAGGGCCACAUAAACACAGGCCAAGGGCCACACGUCGUCCACAUCUGCAACAGAGGUUUAAACAAAACCAAGGACCAAACUCAAAAUAACUGAUGCCUCAAACUUACAUAAGGACCACAAAGAAAACAGCCCUUACCUGCACAUUACCUCUGAUUUGUCCUCUUUAAAUGUGUAAUGAAAGCUUGGAAUUAUUAACCACAAAAUGCUUAAACUUUAUUAGAAAAUACGCAAUGAAACUGUGCCUCUGUUGUCGAUCAGGUAGGUUUGGGGAGACAUUUAAAAAGCCUGAACAAAUCAGACUCAUUGGGUCAAACAUCCCGGUAUGAUUUUCCAAUGUCCAUUGUGUUUUAUUGUCAUUUAUUUAUUUUUAAAUCAAGGCAGCUUGACACAUAAGCACAGACAUUGUUUGUUGUCACUUCCUGCUCAGGAAAGAACCUCACGGCUGUAUGUGUAAAGAUUCUGUACAUAGAGACCUCUGUAGAAGUAGCCAAAACCGCAUGCUUUCUCACCGUUUACAUUGGAAGCCACUCCGUGGAUAGAGAUGCGCUACUGCUAACAACGCCACAAGCCAUGCUAACGCUGUUCUUUUACGUUUAAACAUUGCGUCGUCUGCGUCCAACACGUAGAUCCCGGCUAGAAUCAAAUCGGUUGAUAGCAGUUCUAUGCAUCUUCAUUAUUUGUAGCUUUUUCUUUUUCUUUUUUUUUUAUUUUUUAGAAAGGCACUUGUAAGUACUCUUUCUGUGGUCAGAUACUGACUCUAACGCCACAAAUGUCUUAAUAUUAUUUGAACUGUAAAAACAAAAUGUGCAUUAACUAACCAUGCGUGGCUUUCAUUGGGGACAUGCAUCCAUUUGUUGGCUAUAUCAGAGCCAUCUUUCCUUUGCCACACUGAUAAUAUUUGACAUGUCGUCUUUACAAUUUCGUUCGAGUGUCACUUUACCUUUUUAGCGUUAUUUCAGUUGUAAUAAUUCGAUGUCAGUGGGUCCCAUAGAUAUCAGUAAUAACAGUAAUAACAGACAGGAGGUGUUUUCACUAGACCUUUAAAGGAGCAAUAUUUGACUGGCUUCAGAAACUGUGAACAUUGAUGUCCUAAAUAUGGUCUGUGUAAGAGUAGUGUACUGUCUCUCAGCUGGUUGGAGAGAAGUGAAGAGUCCAACUGAUCCUUGGACCGUUUGUUAGUAACGUCACAUGAUCAUUCUAGUCAUCAGCUAUUGCAAACAAUUACUCAGCGAUUAAUUCAAUGGAUACAUUUAAAACUGACAAUAAGACGUCAUGACACACAACAUAAUUUAACAAUGAGUUUAUAGAGAUACAUUAUUUAUUUUCUUAGAUCUGUAUUAUGAAUACAAUUGCAGUUGAGUGGAGGCAUAUGUGGAAGCAUUAUACACUUUUCACAAUCAUGUUUUUUGGGGCAGGUUUGAAACUGAAUAAAAAACAUUGUAAAGAAAGUUGUGAUUAAUUUAAACAGACAACAAACCUGAAUUGACACCAUGAUGCGGUGAAAUCUGUUCAGUCAAUGUUCAGUCCAUCAACAUUGUAUCACUCGAAUUUUCUGUGAUAUUGUUUGAAGAUGAGUUGCACAAUACCUGUAUAGAUUUUGGAUCAAAAGGGACCUUUGCUACGAAGGAUCAUAUUUCUUACUUUUAUUAUCGGUAUUUUAUUGAUAUAUGGAUUGGUCAACAGACCAGUCAUUUACUUUAUAUACUUUUUAUGUAUACAGAUCAGAAGGUGUUGUCCAUCCUGUCUCUGCAGGUGGGAAAUGAAUACUGUUCAGUUACUGUCACACUAAAGCAAUGCUUUUCCCUCUCUCACUGUAUUUAGUCCGCCAUGUUUGACCAUUUUGCCAGGCACUUACAGGUGUAGUUGUAAAUGUGAUAUUCGCCAGGACCAGUGGUCACCUGUAGGUCCUUUCUUGCAUUUGUGAGCUCUGUACCCGUUCUCUUUGAUGAGUUGAUGACU